AAACCUCACUCAGAAGUCACUUCAUUUCAACCAUCGAGAGUCGAGACCUCUCAGGCUCCCCUCUCUCUCUCUCUCUCUCGCGUCGACUUUCAAGUACACGUUUCGGGGUUAAUCCACUGAACUAAAGGUGUUGUUUGAAUCCAUAGAGAUUUUGAAAUCUAAUUCAUGAAUGGACUUCGAGUAAUUGAGAUAGAGUUGAGAUGGAUCCGCCGGUUAUGAUCUACGACGGCGCAUUUCAGGCAGCGAGAGUGGCGCCGUACAAUCUGGCGGAGAUCUGGCCGUUUCCGGCCAGUGGCUGUGAGGCCGGCGCUGGAUUGGAGUUGAGGAAGGUGCAGUUUGCGCAAAGGUCGCGUGAUCGAUCCGUGGAGAGUCCGUGUGUGAAUCGAGAAGUUUCCGCCGGUGAUCCGAUGGUUCUGGAUCAGGGAGGAGCACAGAGGGGCUGUUCCAGGAAGCGGCGUGAUUCGGUUUCCGAGGAUGAGUCUGCUAAAGCUGUACCGACAAGCGCUGCCAGUGGCAUGAAUGAUUGUGAAGGCAAACGCAUUAGGACAGGGGGAUCUAGACACGAGAACCUUGAUCCUGAAGCUGGAGUGGAAGCAAGUUCAAGCAAGCCUGCAGAACUGAAAACGAAACCACCUGAGCCACCUAAGCAAGAUUACAUCCAUGUACGGGCAAGAAGGGGCCAAGCUACUGAUAGCCACAGUCUAGCAGAGAGAGCUAGAAGAGAAAAGAUUAGCGAGAGAAUGAAAAUUCUACAAGAUCUGGUUCCUGGUUGUAAUAAGGUCAUUGGCAAGGCUUCAGUUCUUGAUGAAAUAAUUAAUUAUAUCCAGUCACUACAGCAUCAGGUUGAGUUCUUGUCAAUGAAGCUUGAAGCAGUCAAUUCAAGAAUGAACCCUGCCAUUGAAGGAUUUCCAUCAAAAGAUCUGAUACUGCAUUUCAGUUUGGUCAACAAACUUUUGACAUAGCCGCAAUGGAGUUUGGUUCACAAGUAACUGGGGACUACGGCAGGGCUUCAUCACCAGAAUGGCUACGGAUGCAGAUUGGCGGCGGCUUUGAAAGAAGAGCAACGUAAGUCAAUUAAUAACCUUCAUAAAUUGUUAAUAAAUCUUCAUUCAUGGCCACUAUCAUACCCAUUUGUCUUGAAUCAAGGACGCACCUCAUUUCUUCUACACAUCAGUCAUGGAGCUGUGAUUGCUGCCAUAUAAUUCAUUUAUGAACAUCUCCAUUUCGUGGGUGUUAUAAAAUGUCUUUUCUUUUCCUUUUUUCUUU